AUGGCAUCCGAUGUCGAGGAAACGCUCAAGCGAAUUCAGUCGCACAAGGGCGUGCUGGGAGUGAUAAUCAUUAAUUCGGAGGGAAUCCCGAUCAAGACCACGAUGGACAACGCGCAGACGGUGCAGUACGCGGCGCUGAUCGGCCAACUGACCGACAAAACCCGAAGCACGGUCCGCGACUUGGAUCCCACGAACGAGCUAACAUUUUUCAGAAUACGAUCCAAGAAGCACGAGAUCAUGGUGGCCCCCGACAAGGAGUACAUGUUGAUCGUGAUACAGAAUCCGAAUGAAGCCUCUGGUUUAUAG